CGCGGAAGAUGGAGCUGUGGUAAUCCGAGGCUCCAAUGGAGCUUUCUACAAGGCAUUUGUAAAAGAUGUACAUGAAGAUUCGAUAACGGUUGCAUUUGAAAACAACUGGCAGCCAGAGAGACAAAUUCCAUUCCAUGAUGUGAGGUUCCCACCUCCUACAGGUUAUAAUAAAGAUAUCAAUGAAAGUGAUGAGGUUGAGGUUUACUCCAGGGCCAAUGAAAAAGAGCCAUGUUGCUGGUGGUUGGCUAAAGUACGCAUGAUCAAGGGCGAGUUUUAUGUAAUAGAAUAUGCAGCCUGUGAUGCCACUUACAAUGAAAUUGUCACAAUUGAGCGUUUAAGAUCUGUGAAUCCAAACAAACCGGCAACAAAAGAUACUUUCCACAAGAUCAAACUGGAAGUGCCAGAGGAUUUACGGCAAAUGUGUGCCAAAGAAUCAUCACAUAAGGACUUCAAAAAAGCAGUUGGGGCUUUUUCUGUAACAUAUGAUCCUGAAAAUUAUCAGCUUAUCAUCUUGUCUAUCAGUGAUGUAACAACAAAGAGGGCAAAUAUGCUGAUUGAUAUGCACUUUCGAAGUCUUCGAACUAAGUUGUCUCUGAUACUGAGAAACGAAGAAGCUAGUAAACAACUGGAGAGUUCAAGACAGCUUGCUUCAAGAUUUCAUGAACAGUUUAUUGUCCGUGAGGAUUUGAUGGGUCUAGCAAUUGGCACUCACGGUGCUAAUAUUCAGCAAGCUAGAAAAGUACCUGGAGUCACUGCUAUUGAUUUAGAUGAAGAUACUUGUACAUUUCAUAUUUACGGAGAGGAUCAGGAUGCAGUGAAAAAAGCCAGAGGUUAUCUUGAGUUUGCAGAAGAUGUAAUCCAAGUUCCAAGGAACCUAGUAGGCAAAGUAAUAGGAAAAAAUGGAAAACUGAUUCAAGAGAUUGUGGACAAGUCAGGUGUUGUAAGAGUGAGAAUUGAGGCUGAAAAUGAUAAAAAUAUUCCACAAGAAGAGGGAAUGGUACCAUUUGUCUUUGUUGGAACCAAGGACAGCAUCACCAAUGCAACAGUUCUUCUGGAUUAUCAUCUUAAUUACUUAAAGGAAGUAGACCAACUGCGUUUGGAGAGGCUGCAGAUUGAUGAGCAGUUGCGACAGAUUGGUGCAAGUUCUAGACCACCACCAAAUCGUGCAGAUAAGGAUAAAGGCUACAUGACUGACGAUGGCCCGGGACUUGGCCGAGGUAGUAGGCCUUACAGAAAUAGAGGACAUGGUAGACGUGGUCCUGGAUAUGCUUCAGGAACUAAUUCUGAAGCAUCAAAUGCUUCUGAAACAGAAUCUGACCACCGAGAUGAACUCAGUGAUUGGUCUUUGGCCCCAGCAGAGGAAGAAAGGGACAACUACUUACGUAGAGGAGAUGGACGAAGACGCGGAGGUGGCGGCCGAGGACAAGGAGGAAGAGGUCGUGGCGGUUUUAAAGGAAAUGAUGAUCAGUCUAGAACAGAUAAUCGGCAGCGGAAUGUAAGAGACGCUAAAGGAAGAACUGCAGAUGGAUCACUUCAGAUCAGAAUUGACUACAAUAAUGAAAGAAGUGUCCACACUAAAACAUUACAGAAUACGUCAAACGAAGGUAGUCGGCUGCGCACGGGUAAAGAGCGUAAUCAGAAGAAGGAAAAAUCAGACAGCGUGGAUGGGCAGCAACCGCUGGUGAAUGGAGUACCCUAAACUGCAUAGUUCUUGAGUCAUAUUUCCUAUACUGUUUCAGUAAUUCUUAUUCCACAUUAGAGAAACUUUGUUAGGCCAAAGACAAAUUAGUAGGCAAGAUGGCGCAGGGCAUGAAAUGAAGACAAAAGUUCUGUUAGCCUUUUUUGUUUGUUUGUUUUUUUAUUAUUGGCUGUAAGCAACUGUUUUCAGGAUAAGAACUUAUACAAACAUUUACUUAAGAAUAUCUUGGACUUCUAAAAUAUGCUUUCAAGUACAUAUUGUGUACUUCAAAAAAAAUUUUUGUUUUGUUUUCUAAAAAUAUCAAGUUGUGCACUAGUAUACUUUCUGUUCAUUUGGACUUCUCCUGCAUUGGGUCAAUCACUGCUAAAUUUAUUCUUUUUUUCUGAAUAAAUAGUGUUUGUGAUAAUCAAAUUAGGCUUCUGUUUUCAAUCAAACUUCAAAGUCCUUAUGAAAUGCUCUGUCGUUUCAUGUCCUGUGUCAGUUCACGUUUUGGUCCACUUUUUCCAGUAUCUUAGUGGACCUCAAAAUGUGUGAUGUAACAAUUAUCAUUUUCAUUAGCAAAAAAAAAGUUGUAUGAUCUGUGCCUUUUUUAUAUCUUGGCAGGUAGGAAUAUUUUAUUUGGAAGCAGAAAUCAGGGAAGAGAAGUUGGAAACACUAAAUGUAAAAUAUAUGUAGCAAACCCUGUUCAGACAUUUAGUACUUUAUAGAAGAAUGCAUGCUUUCCAUACUUUUUUUCCUUACUUAAACAUCAGGUUAGGCAGUAUAAAGAAUAGGGGUUUUUUGUUUUGGGUUUUUGCACUGAAGAUUGACAGUGUUGAAAAGUGUAAUUUUUCUUUACACGUGGGAUAAGAAAUCACUCUUUCCAUUUUGAAAGAGAAAAAUUUCUUUGGGAACAAAUCUUCCUAGUUGCAAGCUAGUAUAACAUGCUUAUUUGGCCAGAUAAAAAUGUUGAGUAAAUAGUCAUAAUUUCAUCUUUCCACAAAAUAUCGACUUGUUUUUCAUGAUUUUAACUUCAAACUUAUCUCAGGGGAGGUAUAGGAAGGUGAUGUCCUUUGUGAUUGAUAUGUGAAGCACAGGUAUCCAACUUUGUAACAUUGGAGGCAGGUUAAAUUGUUAAAUUUGAAGUUCACAACCUGAUUUGAAAGAAGAAUCAGAAGGCAUUCUACAAUUUGAUAACAAGUAAUAGACAAUUAUGGAAUGGGGGUGGGGAUGGGGAAUUUUUGCUUUUUUCCCCCCCUUUAAGAUUAUGAAUGAUGUUUACUGGGGAAAAACUCUUAAGGACUUUCAUUUUAAAAUUUUCUAUUUUUCUUUAAAAAUUACUCCAGUGGGGGGUGCCACUGAUUUAUGUACUGAACUAUACAAACCAAACCUGCCUCUGAUGUAUUUUGUGAGUUUCAUUUAUCUUUGCUUUUCUUUUCACUGUUACUUUUCCUUGCAUACAAGUAAGCAUAUAAAAAUCACAAGAAACUGCACAUGGUUUAACAAAUAUUAAAAUGUCUUUAAAAUCUUGCCAAACAUUAUUGUUGAUUUUAGUUAUUUAUUUUGGGAAUGUAUAGCUUUUGAGAAAACAAAAACUGGUACCUUGCACACAUCAUCUGUAAGCUGUUUGGUUAAAAUACUGUAGAUAAUUAACCAAGGUAGACUGACCUUGUAAUGUAACUGCUCUUGGGCAAUAUUCUCUGUACAUAUUAGCUGCAACAGAUUGGAUUUUAUGUUGACAUUUGUUUGAUUAUAGUGCAAUAUAUUUUGUAUGCAAGCAGUUUCAAUAAAGUUUGGUCUUCCUCUGCUAA